UCUGAAGUAUAGGCUGAACACGCUACACACUGUUAUAAGCAGGCAUGGAAUUGACCUUUCACCCACAGUGCCAGUCACCUUUCACCCUUGGCUGCUUCAGACAGACGCUUGCAGGAUGAUUGUGCGGAGGUAAAUUAUCAACACUGGAAGCAGGUUCGACAUGGCAGAACUAGUUAAUGGGUCUCCUACUGCUGUUUACCAAACCUUCUGUGAUGGGUCUUCUACUGGAUUUCUAUUCGACCGAGAUGCAAGCAUAAGAAAAGACCAGCCCACAGCGAGCAAAAAGAGUUUGGUCAUUGAACCAGAAGCAAACUCUGGUGAGAAGCCCUACAUGUGUGGGGAGUGUGGGUACAGGACAGCUAAGAAAUCUCAUCUAUCCGACCAUAUGAGAACUCAUACCGGUGAAAAACCCUACAAGUGCAACCAAUGUGACUAUUCUGCAGCAAAGAAAAGCCAUGUGGAUUAUCACCUAGCCAAACAUACUGGUGACAAGCCCUACAUGUGUGGGAAAUGUGAGUACAGGACGGCUCACAAGUCUCACUUAUCGCGACAUAUGAGAACUCACACAAGGCAAAAACCCUACAAGUGUGAAAAGUGUGACUAUUCUGCAGCAAGCAAAUACCAAUUGGACCAACAUCAAGCCAAACACACUGGUUAUAAGCCCUACAUGUGUGGGGAGUGUGGGUACAGGACAGCUUACAAGUCUCACUUAUGCCGGCACAUGGGAACUCACAUAGGGCAAAAACUCUUCAAGUGUGAGCAGUGUGACUAUUCUGCAGCAAGGAAAUACCAUUUGGACAGACAUCUAGCCAAACACACCGGUGAGAAGCCUUACAUGUGUGAGGAGUGUGGUUACAGGGCAGCUCAAAAGUCACAUUUAUCCCGACACAUGAGAACUCAUACUGGUGAAAAACCCUACAAGUGUGACCAGUGUGACUAUUCUGCUGCACAGACGUCCACCUUAAACCAACAUCUAGUCAUGCACACUGGUGAAAAGCCCUACAUGUGUGGGGAGUGUGGAUACAGGACUUAUCGCAAGUCUCAUUUAUCCGAACACAUGAGUACUCAUACAGGUUACAAGCCCUACACGUGUGACCAGUGUGACUAUUCUUCUGCAACAAAGUUCAAUUUGGACAGACAUGUAUCUAAACACACCGGUGAUAAGCCUUAGUCUUACAUGUGUUUGGGUCGUGGGUACAGCACAGCUAAAAAGCGUUGCUUAGCGAAACACAUGAGAACUAAUGCUGGUAAAUAAAGCUACAAAUGUGACCAGUGUGACUAAAUCAAGCUUGAAGCAACUCACAUGCGUAGCUUAUCUCAAAAUAUGAAGACUCACAAAUGUAAAAAAAAAAAAA